UAAUGCGGUUGCUAAAGGUAGCUCGUUCGUGUACUAAACAGUGUGUAAGAAAAGUGUGCGUCCACCACUAGGUCAUAACAAGUGUUUAGGGAAACUGACCACCACUGGUCUACUGUAACGUAACACCUUCGAUCUGACUAUAUUUAUAUCUCUCUAUAUAAACAUUUUUAUUAUGUACAUUUGUUUGUUAUUGCUGUCGGUUUCAUUUGUUUGCCCGGAAACAUUCAAAAUGGACGCUACAGGGAAGGACAUGCAGGACUCAUUAGUGUGACAGAUUUUGGUGACAUUUGGGAGUGCCAAUAACCUGUUUGGGCGUGAGAGCAGAUAACGAAAGAAAAGACUAUGUGUAGCUGUCAGACACAGAUAAUGUUCAGUAACCGUCACAGUAGCCUGGCUCACAAUAGGCUUUCCUUGUCUGGAGGUAUCAGGAGCUGAAACCCUGCCUUGUAAAUGGGGAAGAAACUAUAGGGAGUAUGUGUGUAGUUAUUAGUUUUGGAUGUGCUUGUGCUAAUGAUCUUUAUUGAAAGUGAAGUGGACCAAGACUCAAUUCAGCUUUCUUCCUCAAAAUGUAUGGAAUGAUAAUGUUGCAAAGGUCGAGAUUCGCUACCAGGACACUGUUACAGCAAUGGAAUGUCACCUGUAAAGGACAAGCAAAACUUUACCAGCUGUCUGGGCUGACUUUAAUGAGAUCACAGAGGCAGCUGCUGUGUAAAACUGUACUUGAAUCAUCCCUUUAUUCUCACGUCCGGCUUGGAGCGUCUUUAGGUCCGUAUUGUGUUUGGACACACUUCAGGGUCUCCACACCGUUUGCUUUUUACAGCACGUCAGCAGACUCUAAGCAAGCAGCAAAGCAUGUGGGAAGUGAAGUCAAGACAAAGGACAGACCGAGAAAGACAUCUUCAGAUGACUUCAAAAAGUUAUUGCAGCUUGUUUAUCCAGAGCGCUUGAGGCUGUCAGCUGCUGUGAGCUUCCUGAUUGUCUCCAGUGCUGUCACCAUGUCUGCCCCGUUUUUCUUGGGCAAAGUGAUUGAUACCAUCUACACAAACACGGGUGCUGAUCUUACUGCCUCCCUAAGCUCCCUGUGCAUCAUGCUGGCAGGGGUUUUCCUGUGUGGUGGUGCUGCCAAUGCUGCACGUGUAUACCUUAUUCAAGUCUCAGGGGAGCAGAUUGUGAGAAACUUACGUGAAUCCCUUUUUUCCUCAAUUUUGAGGCAGGAGGUGGGAUUUUUUGAUAAGAACCGCACUGGUGAGCUCAUUAACCGUCUUUCUUCAGACACAGCUUUAGUUGGAAAUGUGCUCACUGACAACAUGUCUGAUGGUCUACGGGCAAUUGCUCAGGCUGGAGCUGGAGUCGGCAUGAUGUUCUGUGUGUCACCUAGUCUUGCCACCUUUGUCCUAAUGAUUGUACCUCCUUUGGCUGGACUGGCAGUUAUCUAUGGAAGAUAUGUGCGCUCCAUAUCAAAACAAACACAGGAUGCUCUGGCACAGGCCACACAGCUCGCAGAAGAAAGGAUUGGUAACUUACGGACAGUGAGGGCAUUCGGGAAAGAGAUGACAGAAGUAGAGGCCUAUGCAGAGAGGGUGGAGUCUGUCCUUCGACUGGCUAAGAGGGAAGCUAGGCUCACGGCUGGGUUCUAUGGAGUGACUGGCCUGAGUGGCAACAUGAUUGUCCUGAGUGUGUUGUAUAAAGGUGGGCUGCUGAUGGGUAGUGAGCAUAUGACAGUUGGAGAGCUUUCAUCCUUCCUUAUGUAUGCCUUCUGGGUUGGCAUCAGCAUUGCAGGCAUGAGCUCAUUCUAUUCGGAGCUGAUGAAGGGGUUUGGAGCUGGUUCACGUCUUUGGGAACUGAUGGAGCGGAAGCCUCAAUUUUCUCUCGAUGAGGGAGUUGUGUUGAGACCAGAACAUCUAAAGGGAGCCCUUGAGUUCCAUAAUGUGUCUUUCGCUUACCCGACAAGGAAGGAUGUCCCCAUUUUCCAGAACUUAAAUCUGUCUGUACCAGCUGGUACAGUGAUGGCAGUGGUUGGGUCAAGUGGCUCUGGAAAAUCUACUCUUGUGUCCCUUCUACUCCGUCUGUAUGACCCAGACUCAGGUAUGGUCGCUAUUGAUGGCCAUGACAUCCGUAGUUUGAAUGCUUCCUGGCUUAGGAGUUGUAUUGGAACUGUAAGCCAGGAACCAGUCCUCUUCUCAUGCUCCAUUGCAGAGAACAUUGCAUAUGGAGCAACAGAUCCUAAACAGCUUACAAAACAGGACAUCAUAGAAGCAGCACAGAUAGCUAAUGCUCAUCACUUUAUUAAUGGCUUUCCCAAAGGCUUUGACACUAUUGUUGGAGAGAAAGGAGUAUUACUGUCAGGUGGACAGAAACAAAGAAUUGCUAUAGCAAGGGCAUUGCUAAAGAACCCCAAAAUACUGUUAUUAGAUGAAGCCACAAGUGCUCUGGACGCAGAGAAUGAGUUCCUGGUGCAAGAGGCCCUGGAACGGUUGAUGCAGGACCGCACAGUGCUCAUCAUUGCUCACCGCUAUUCCACCAUCCAGAAUGCAGAUGCUGUGGCUGUGCUGGACCAGCAGCAUAUAGUGGAGUGUGGCAGUCAUGCACAGCUUCUAGCCAACCAAGAUGGCAUCUUUCGCAAACUCAUGGAGAAACAGACCUUUUUAGAUGCUGAGCAGACGCUGGCGCUUGCCAAAUAGAAGACAAUAAUCUAAUAUCUGAAGAAAGUACUAUGAAAGGUUAUGCAUACUCGCAUGCCUAAAACAGCUGUAUUGUAGCUGUAUAUGAGUGCCUAUUUACAGUAAACUACCAGACAAAAGUUUGCUUAUGGAAAGUUUUUUAUUUUUAUUUUAGAAUAUUAAUGAAGACAUUUACUUUAUGAACUAAAAUAGAAUUAUGUAAUGAUGAAACAAAUCCAAAUAAUUUUUUAACAGUAUUCCUGAUUGACCACCAUAUGGCUGAGCACAGGCUGUGCAAACAGGCUGAGCAUUUGCUGACUGCAUCUCCUAGAUUUUAAAUAGGAAUUACUUGUUUGGAUGAAGCAAUUUGAAUUGAUAAUUUGCCAGUUUCCUCCCACUAGGUCGUAGGCCUUAAAGACAAUGGAAUAAAUUUGUAUAGAGUCUAGUGUUUACAAACUUUUGACUGGUAAUAUAUAUAUUUAUUCAAAACCUGAUGCCAGCACUCAACUAUAAGAUACAAUUACUCCAUUUUAAGUUACAAAUAUGUAACAACCACGAUGGAUUAUUUAUUUAAGUCACUGCCACUGGAAACUUGUGUAACUGGAAACUUUUUUUUUAAGAAUCACAGAGCAUGAACAUGCGCUUCUGUGAUAAUUGUUGAAUAUCAAUCAUUGGAUAUUUUAUACCAUUUCAUAAGAUUGAAAUAUUCCUGGCAAUACAAUUUUAAGGAUCAUAAUCAUAGUUAGAAUUAGUAAAAGACAGGUAUGUUUUCAAUUAAUAUAUAAAAAACAGGGAUCUAGAAAAAGCUCAUUACUAUUGUGGUUUUAGAUUUACUGCAUAUAUGUAUUUGACAAUGUUUGCCAAAACUGUGGCAUUUAAAAAAUCAGCUGGUCAAACCUGUUUUAAAGACCUGUACAUUGUUAUUGUAUGUGGAAAAAUAUAAGCUGCUACGUAGGAAGUUUGGGAGAAGGAUCCACCUGGAACUAUUGUUUUACAGUCAUCCUUCGAAUCGUUGAACUUCAACACAGGGAACAGUCCAUAUUUGCCAAAACACACA